AAGCUUACUGAAAUAGAUUCUGAAAUAGACACUCCUUGCAAAUAUCUUAACUUUCUAAAUUCUUACAAGCUAUAACUAAUAUCAUCUGCAAUCUCCCAGCCCAUCUAUAAAUAACACAAUCUCAACAGAUCUAAUCAAGAACGGUACCCAACAACAACAGGCCCAGUGCGUCUCUAUCUACUUUUAUCACCCUGAAAGCCCUUUACUAAGCAUUCCUGCGAAGCUAAGUGUAGAUCGUUUCCCGGAAAACGUACACCAGACUAACACUGUAUCCAAUGUACCUAUCUUAGAUCGCUUAUCACAUCUGAUGUCAGUUUAAAAGCAACUAUCCUACUGCCUUAUCUCCACACUAGUAGUUUACGUGUCGAUACGAUCGUGCAGCGAAAACCUGCUCUUCCCGCAAUGACUCUUCAACAAGUCCUGGUCACUGCAUUGCUGGUCGCCGCUACUCUUUGGAGUGUACCUGCCGAAGGAGUGGAUUUUAACAAACUGUGUCAGGGUGUCCGGUUUGGCACCUUUGCACAUCCCAACGAUUGCCGACAGUACGUAAUGUGCGUUCUCUGGAACCCGGUUGUGCUAUCCUGUCCCGGCGGGUACGUCUUCCAACCGGAGGUACAGUUUUGUGUUCAAGAAUCGCAGUACCAGUGCAAUACUGAGGUAACAUCCGGUCCAGAGGAGACAACUACUACCUCCACUACACCGGAACCAACCACUUCCGUGCCCGAGUGUGUGCACCGUCCAUCGUGGGAAUCAUUCUUCUGUGACAAUGCACGUCGUGCGCUCGUGGCAAACCCGAUGAACUGUACCCAGUACAUCCGCUGUCAGCUGCAGGUCCCGGCGAAUCAACAUUGCCCUGCCGGAACUGUUUUCAACGACCUCUAUCAGGACUGUUUUCCUAGAGAGCACGAGACGUGCACGUUGGCCAGCGUUCGGGAGGAUUUCUGUGUCAGCCGUGCCGACGGUAGCUAUGCCCAUCCGUUCCUGUGCAAUCGCUUCGUCACGUGCGUCCAGCAGCAGCUACGGCUCGAAUCGUGCCCACCGUUCUUCGUGUUCAGCCCAACGGUAGCGCACUGUGUGAAGGGAAGUGCCGUCGACUGCUCGAGUCUGUUGAAUUAGUGAUAAGUAAGCGUAUUUAAAAUAAAGUGCACGCGUUCAAUGGCAUGUGCUGUCGCAGAGAAUGGAGGAUGUAUUAUUUUUUAUCAUGAAUUCAAAUCCACUCACGUAGAAAGGCAUUGUACGCUUAAAAAGGUGGUCACUAUUGAAGGUUCUAAUCAGUAAUCAAUUAGCCUUCGAGAUGAUUGCUUUCUACAGUCUUCUGCUGUUCGCGGCUUGUUCUUCUGUUGCUUCAAGCAGUCCGUUCGAGUCUUGCGUGGUAGAGAAUGAACUCACCUCGAAUCCCUCGACCUGCAAUCAGUACUACCGCUGUCUGAGUGGAGAACGGAUCCUGUUCAGCUGUACAGAGGGCAAAGUGUUCAAUCCCUCCACCAAACGGUGCGUUACAUCCGACCUCUACCCGUGCGAUGAGACACAACCGGAGAUCACAACAGCGGAACCAUCGGUGCUCUGUCUUCACAACCCAAAUGGGAUCGUUCCACACCCGUCCGAUUGUGAUAAGUACAUCGUUUGCAGUGGAGGUUUGCAAACAGUGCAGUCCUGUGGAUAUCGGGAGAAUUUUUCAUGGAAGAAGUUAGGUUGUGGCGAAGACGUCACUUGCAGUGAAUACUUUAACGGUUACGCCAGAACGUUCGAAUCAGUCGCGUGCAACCGACAAUCACUCCCGCUGGCGGAACAUCCUUACGAAGUUGGUACGUACAUUGACUGUGGCGCUCAGGAGUCUGUCAGCUGUGCCGAAGGUACAAUCUUUCGCUGGAACUAUCAGCGCUGUCUUCCGGGGCUGGUGGCAACGAACGAGUUGCAGAGUGCCGCACCUAAUUGUGGCGCCUUUGGCAAAAGCGCACAUCCUUAUCUCUGUGAGAAGUACUUCAAGUGCGUCUUCUGGAUCUCUUCACUAGAAAAUUGCCCCGCGGAUAUGAUCUACAGCGCAGAGGGCAAUGAGUGUGUUCCGGGUAACUUCCAAACGUGCACCGUCAAUCAGUAGAGUUAACCUAACCAAUAAAAGAAAGAUGUGCAUACACAACUAA